AUGUUUGACCCUGUCUUCUCUGAUCCUCCCCUUCUUCUACUGUUCCCAAUCCAUCUGCUGAUAGUUCAGAGGUCUAGUCACUCUGCAUAUAUUAAGUUUUUAUUGUUUUUUUCUUGGGAGAGUGCAUCUGAUCAGCACAGGGCCAAUCCACACUGUCCAGACAGAAGGUCAGGGGUCCUGCAGCCCCAUAGGACAAUAAGGGAUGAAUGAAAACUCCUUCUACAAGCUUUAACCGGUGUUUGGCCAGACACUGAUAGAAGUCACAAGACUGCUCUAACUGCUGAUGAGAAAAGGUAUUUAUAUUUACUAA